AUGGGUUCCUCGGACCAUUACCGGACUCUGUCGCCGGGCGCCGGGCGGAGCCACAUGGUAGACCCCAUGCGAGCUUCCACCGGCAUGGUGCAACUCGGCUCAUCGCAGGACCCCUACGAAACAGCCCGCCGCUACGACUAUGAUGAGUACCCCUCAGAUGUCGGGUAUGGCAGUGCCUACAGGCAUCGCCCGAGUCGUUCAUCGAUGCUCGAGGCGCGCCCGGUCGCCUCCCAGACCUAUCGCGACCCCAAUCAGGCUACCAAGAAAAGGACCGAAUACAGCGUUCAGCCCAGCAGACACAGAAGCAACACAACCUCCGCCGCAGACUACGAGACCCCAUUGAGACUUGCGGUGCCCUCGUCAUCACACCCCCGCCACUCGCAGGUCAUGAGUGCGAGCCCUCAGCGUUCGGCCAGCCCACUUCCUUAUGACUCCGCCCACUACCUUGCCUCGACCUCUCAGAGCGGCGGCCGCCACCGUCGAAUGUAUAGCACCGACUAUGCGAGCGACACGGGUCGUCUGGACCCGCGCGAUAGUAAAGCUCGGGUUGGCCACGGGGCACACCGUGUCCACCCAGCACCCGGCCGGCGGCGCUAUCCACCUUAUACUGGCUUGAAAAAAGGGGACGAUAUCGAUGACUAUGAUGCAUAUUCCUACACCACUCCCCGGGAGCAGUUCGACCGCGACUACCCGGUCCGGCCGCGCCAUCCACGAGGUGGGUAUACCAAGGACCGGCCUUUGAGCAUGACAGGAAUGGAGGAUCAUCUACAGUGGCCUUCGCGAAAAGAACCUCGGAGCCACGGGCCACCUCCGACCUCGCGGGGUCUGGAUAAGCUGGACCAGCGCGAUGGCGGCCCGCGAGGUUUGGUUCAUGAUGCAGAUAAUGUUCGAGAGAUGCACAAGCCCAAGGGAGAUCAUCACGAUCGUGCCCUGGUCGUUGUGCCCCACGACUCUGAUUUUGGUUAUUCGUCUCGACACGAUGACUACAGCGAUGGCCGUCGCCGCCACCGUCCCCGCAGACCACAUCACGAUCGUGAGUUUGACCGAGCUCAUGAAGAUGACCGGCAUUCAAAGCCACACGACAUGAAAAAGGCCUUGCCAGGGCUGGGAACUGCGGCGUUGGGUGCUGGGUAUUCAGACCUGUCGGACUAUGACCAUCGUCCUGCACGACGUAGUCACAGACGUUUGCGCGAUGACGAACAUUACAAAGAUCCAAGGUUAUCAUCUCGAGGGCUGACGGAUGAUGUCCCCAGUCCUGAAAAAAGCAAGCAACUUUAUCUAGAGUCCGGCGACUCUCACCGUCGGAGGCGGUCUCGCAAACCCUCGAGACGAGCGGCGGAGAGCGACUCGGACGCGUUGACAUCAGAUGAAGAUCUUCGUAACUAUCGACGCGAGCCAGCUGCAUUGGAUAAAGGAGAUCCGGAUUCCGGGGGACAUGGCCUUCCGCCACGCAGUCACCGACGCCCGCACAAUCCCGAACAUGACAAUGAUCCAGCGCAUUCUUCACCCCGAGGACCGACAGAUGGCGGCCCCCCCAGCCCCGACCAAAACAAGCAGCUCUAUCUGGAGCCCGGAGAUACGAGGCGACCACGCAGACGUUCAAGACGACGGGUAGAAAGCGAUUUGGACGCGUACAGCUCGGACGAGGAUCUUCGAAAUUACCGCGGCGAGGCUCCUGCGACAACCCGUCGCCGACACAGCAGCACCGACACGUCAAGCAAGGACCGCUCGCGCUCGCGCUCGCGGCGACACCGCUCGUCUCGCCCCCAGCGGUUACUGGAAGACGACCGCCGCCGGCGUGAAUCGCGCCACUCCCCGCGUGAUGACCGCACAGGCGAUGGGCGACGGCCCGUCACGGUCGAGCCGCCGGCUUCGAAAGAGCCCGAAGCAGCUCCCAAGGGUAUCUUGAAGGCCCCGCGUGAGAGUUUCCCCGAAGAGCCCAACCCCGUCAGAGAGGGCGUCGCUCCACUCAACAAAAAGGGUAUUCCACCGGGCGCGCGGUGGACCAAGGUUGACCGACGACUGGUCAAUCCGGCUGCGCUGGAGGCCGGCAACGAACGAUUCGAAGAGCGGUCAGAGUAUGUGAUUGUGCUGCGGGUGCUGAGCAAAGAGGAGAUCCAGGCGUAUGCUGUCAAGACGCAGGAGAUUCGAGACGCCCGACACAAGGAAUACUUGCACGACAAGCGUCGUCGCAGGGACGAGAGCCGCCGCCAUGGCCGCCACGACGACUUCUCAAGUGACGACGAGGACGAAGAUGAUGGAGCGCCGCGUCAGAUUGAAGCUCCGCCGACCCCGGCCCCUGAGUCGGAGAAUUUGGCGCUGCCGUCCCGACCUCGCGCUCCAAGCAAUUCGCCUGAUGAUGAGAGACCCAUUCUGAAUGCGCCAGCGCAAGGGUAG